UGUCAAAAUUUUAUCAGAUCGAUGUGAUCCAUUCAAAUCCAUUGUUUUGUUGGAUAAAGGACAAUAAAAGAUAAUUUCUAUAUAAUAUUCGUGUUAAUUUCAUACACAGAAUAGUGUGUUCAGUGACUUACUGAUAUCAAAGUGAUUUGAACUUUGUGAACACCAUGGAAUUCAACGAUAUUGAUAUGGAUGUAGACACCGACUCGGAAUUCGACAGCGAUGAAGACGUAUUACUGGAAGCUGAAAACAUGAAGCGGCUUAAUGCUCUGCUUGAAGAAGAAGAUGAUGCUCUAAGUCAAUCGAUGUCGCAACGAUUACCAGCUUUGCCUUCGAUCCACCCCGCGCUUACCAUCAGACCAUGCUCCUCAAAGCAUACUCUGAACGACACAAAAUCCAAAGCACUAGCUCAAAUAGAUGUAGCUUUAUCCGCAAACAAAAUAUUAGACGAAAAAAUGCGGCGACUCGAGAGAGAUCUUGGUUUACGUCUACGUGAAUGUCGAGAGAGACUCCAAGUGAUACAGAGCAGUAGUGGGGGACAGGGCGAGAAAAACGAAACAUUCCGCUACAUCAACUGCGGUAGGCCUUACUUCAAGGAUAAACUUAACUUCCCAGCGCCAGACAAUGAUGAUGCUAAAAUGGCUAAAUCUCAGAUGUAUGACUUUUCCCUUGUUGUCUCAGUCCCCGGCUGGACAGUCAGAGACAAGUCGCAGUUCAUUAACAUGAUACAAAAAAUGUCUGUAGAUAUCAGAAAGAACGCACUACAUAAAAAAAUUACAAACUUGAAAAGAUGUAAAUCAAUUAGUAAAUCAAAACUUGAAAACGAUAUUCAGGCUAUCAGAAAUGAAAUUGAUCAGACAAAGUCCUUGCCUUUGAGUCAAAUAGCUCUCCCAAUAGAUCAAGAGUAUGACUGGGAUAUGUUAGCCAAUAAACUAAACAGAAGGCACACAGCACAAGAGUAUCAGUCUCUUUGGAAAUUAUUCUUUCACCCAUCAAUCAACAAAAAUAGUUGGAGCAAAAGUGAACAUGCAGCAUUACAAAAAAUAGCUUGCCAAAACCGACAACAAGACUGGGACACUAUUGCUCGCAAAUUAAACACGGGCAGAACAGGGUACCAAUGUUUUGUAUAUUAUCGUACAAACAUGAUGAACUCAUUUACAGGUAAAAAGUGGACCAAUGAGGAGAUAACUUAUCUUAAAAGAUUAAUAGAUUACUUCAAAGAAGACAUGUACAUACCCUGGGGUAAGAUUGCAGCAGCUAUGGAAAACAGAACAAAAAUUCAAAUCUACAAUAAGUAUUUGAGAAUUAUUGAACAGAGAAAGGGCAGGUUCCUACCUGAAGAAGAUGCUGUUAUUUUAAACUGUGUGGAAAGAUUUGGAACGGAUUUCAAGAGGAUGACAGAUUAUUUACCUGGCAGGUCUAUGGUCCAAAUACGUACGAGAUAUCAAGUCUUGAGCAAAAUGCGAGUGUCAACUGUAUGGACUGUAGAAGAUGAUAAGAAACUAAUUCAAAUAAUGACCAAUCAAGCUGCUAACAUGAUGAACUUUUCUACAGCAACACAAUAUUUCCCAGGCAGAAAUAGAACAAACCUAAGAACUAGGUAUAUAACAUUAAUGAAAUGGAUGAAGAAACAUCCCACCUUGGAUUUAGAGCAUGCACCAAGACGAGGCGCGCGCCGUUUAAAUCACGGCUUUGCUAGUGAUAAUCUAAAUGAAGCUAUAGAAAAUUUAAAAAAUACUUUGAACACAGAAGUUGAAAUCAAAUCAAAGAAAAAGAGAAUUACUGUGGACUCACCAGGCCUUGAACUAAACAAUGCGAUCACUGUAGUAAUUAUUAACGAACUUGUAAAAGAAAAAGAAGAUGAAAUGAAAAUUAAAUAUGCCCCAGAAAAUUACAUAUACCUAGGUCCAGACCAUGUGAUAACUGUAGCUGAUUUAAACAUUACCAACCUACGCAAAAAUCUAAUCUUCCUGAAUGCAAGUCUUGACCAGGCUUCUUACAACAAGAGCCAGUAUAAGACUAUGUAUCCAGAUAUAGGAAACAGUGAGCAGGAUGUGUCUCUAGUUAAAGUGAAAUCCUAUUCUAGGAAAAACAGUGUGAAAACUAUAAAAGUUGAUGAGACUCCUAAUGUUUGGGGACGUCCUAGACUAAAUACAUUUAGACAACGAAAUUAUGUGCUGCCCCCGCACCUAUGCACUAUUACUGGCUGCAGCGCUUUAAUACAACAUGUUACAAACAUGGGUCAAUAUUGUGAUUCUUUUAAUCUGCAGGUACUUGUCAGAAGAAAUUCAGAUCUGAAAGAAUUGCUAGAUCUAGUGCUGGAGCGCUUCUACACAUUGUUUACAUGGCCUAUGAUCUUAUCUAAUGAAUGGCCUCAUGACAAUUAUAAACCAAGAUUUAAAAGAACAGAUUCAGUUUUCGUUAGACCUCCUAAAUUGCCAAAUGCACCAGCAGUGACAAUAAAUAUGAAAUGUAUGAAGAAAUACAAAAAUGUAGACAGUGCAGAAGUAAUUGAUCUAAAUGAAGAACAGAGUAACAACAUUAAAGUUACAGUCCCAGAGAAACUAGUACGUUCUGACGAGAAGAUUGAAAAGCUGUUGUCUAGCGAUGAGUAAAUUGUAAAUCUUGAUGGGAGUAGACAUUUAUUAAUUUAAUUCUUUGAUAUUUAUAUAUGUAUUUUUAUUCGAUAAAAAUCUCAAUAUCUAAUCUAUACAAAUUACUUCAUAUAAAUUGGUGAAUUUAUGAUAUCCUCAACCUUCAUAUAACUUCUUACUGUGAAAUAAAUGUAGUAAGUACA